AUGGACAUCACCAAGUUUGUCGUUUCCUCACGGGAACAGGCACUCCUCUACGGGGAUUAUGCGACCUACAGGUCGCAGCUCGCCAACCGCCUCCUCAGCUGUCGCAAGAAGCUGCACAUUGUGACGAAGAAUCGCGGCAAAUACAACCCCAAGGUAUCAAUCACGCCUGAACAGGUCGCUGAGAAUCAUGCAUACGUUGAUCUUCUUCUGCUCACAUCAGAGCGUGCGUGGGCUCAUGCCAUGGCGAUGAAAUCGAUACACUCGGCCGAUACGAAAGGCAUUUCCGGACAUACACGCUCUCAUAUGGUCUCGCGACUUGAGAAGGCCGCAAAGGCAGCAGACAGGCUAGUCGAGGUCCUCUCAGAUGGUGCGAGCGGUGCCAGCGAGAAAGAUGUCCUCGAGGCCAGGGCAUAUGCGGCUCUUUUGCGCGGCUCUUCUCUCUUCGAGAAGCAGAGCUGGCAGGCAUGCUUGGGGAACUACUCAAUCGCGCGUGUCAUUUACAGCGCAUUGUCAUCGUCGACAAAAGGGGACAUCUACAAGGAUCUCCUCUCCGAGACCAUCGACCCUUCCAUUCGUUAUGCGGCUUAUCAAUUGAAGACACCGCGGACGCUACCUAUCCCGGCGAUUGCAAGGCAAUCAUUUCCGCAAAAUGACAAGGCCCUUGUCUCGAGCCUCGAGAAGCUAGAUCCAAACAUCUUAAAGCAGGCGGAUCAAGAAGUGAAGAAAGAUGACGCCGCUCCAAAGACGCUGACUUGGAGAUCUCGAGAGGUUCAUAUCGAGGACGCAGCGAUUGCACUUGCUUGGGGCUCGGUGGAGGCAGCAAAGGAUCAAUUAUCCGACAAGCUAUCUUCUUCAUCUACGUGGCAGCCCAAGGAUAAGGCUGCCGCUUACGAUGAUGUCCUUCUUGCCAGCCAGGAUGCAGUUGAUGCUACAAAGCAAGCUAUUGAUGAAUUGAGGAGUGAGGGCAUAUCGCAAGGCGACGCGCGCAUGCAGAGCCUUCAGAUUACCCGAACCGCUGUCAAUUAUGAGAUGAUCAGCUACAGAAUUGGGCGUAACCGGGUGCUUGCUGGUGAUAGAGAUGGUGCGCUGGUAGAGUUUGGGCCCAGUUCGAAGAAGAGGAAGCUCAAAGAAGAGUCUGUAGCAGUGCCAACAAAAGAACAGGCCCCUGGUCGUCAGGUUGCAAGGCUGAAAGAGAAGGUUGUCCUCUAUGACGGCACACUGCAAAGCCUAGAGUCUAUCAAGGAGCUCCCGGGUGUCGCUGCGGAUGAGGAACUAUCGGGACAGUUGGAUGCCGCCUUCAAAUAUUUUAACGCUCUGAAGUGUUUGGCUCUUGCUCGAUCACACACACUGACUGGACAUCCUACCAAUGCGUUGGCUCUCAUUAAAUAUGCAUUUGAGCAGUGCGAGUCUGCUAUGCCGGUUUUCACAAAAGCAAGCAAGCAGAAUGAAACGUCAAUCCGAAGUCUUGACGUGACCCAGGAUGAUGCUAAAUUUGUCUAUCAACUCCUUCAAGGCGAGCUGCAGCGCAGCCGUGCAUUGGUCGAGAUUGCAAGUCUUCGAAAGCAGAACGAUAGCAAUGCGUCUAAGCCACGGGCAUACUCAUUGAUCGAUAGAUUGAACGAGUACCCCAGUGGCGGCGUCGACCUGGAGAAUAUUCUCGUGUACCCCCCGAAAAUCGAGACAGUCCCUGUCAAGCCACUUUUCCUCGAUGUAGCCUGGAACUACAUCGGAUACCCUGACAAUGGGGCACCAGCCGCUGGCGCAACUAAGCAGAAGACCGCAGAGCAGCCGUCAGAGUCAGAUAAACAGCCACAGAAGAGAGGCUGGUUUGGGUUUGGACGAUGA